AUGCCUCCUCCAGAAGAGGAGGAGGAGGAGGAAAAGAACAACCCGUGGACGUGCUUUGGAUGCGACGAUUCAGGCGACGGUUCGUCGGGAGCAGCGAGAGUAACACCCACCGCGGAGACGAGUGAGUAUUUUCGAUUGUUUACCGAACGCGUUUGGGGCGAGAAGACGCGAGAGGGAACGAGAACGACUUUGAAGACGACGCGAGAGGAAGAGAUGCGAGUUCUCGUGGACGCGCUCGAGCCGGAGCUUUCGAAAUCGAAGCGAGGGAAGAGGACUUGGGAUUCUUUGAAGAUGUUUACAAUCAAAGGCGCGAAAGAGUGCGCGUUGAUGGUGACGGAACAAAAACGGUUGAAAGAUUGGAACUCGUUCGAGUGGUUGUUCGCCUCAGCGUACGCGCACGUAUUGAUUUUAAUGAAAGUAGUUGGGGAUGGCACAGGGAAUCGAAGUGGAUUGGAUGCGUUUGAAAUAGAAUUUGCGAGCGACGACGAACGAGUGAACGUUGCGGACGACCCGCGUUUGCCGGCGUUGCUUCGCGAGUGGGAUUCCUCGGUGACAAAAAUCGCUCGCGCGAAUUUGGACCUGUUGAACAUGGUGAUUGGAGUCGACGGCGAGGAGAAUUUAAAGAAAGUGCCAAGUUUUUACGGCAAAUUGAUGCGAGAGGUGGAAGUGUUUUACGAAUUUCAUCGGGAGAAAAAAGAACACUCUUGGGGCGUCAAGAGUGAUGUGGUUGAGAUUGCGAUGAAAAUACCGGAAGCGCGGCAGAAAAAGAAAUCGCGAGACCUCGUACAAAAUCAAAUCGCGUCGGAAUUAUCGGACUUGAGCGCGGCAGUGUUUCUACAAAAGUACUUCAAAACGCAGAAACCGUGCGUGGUGAGAAAAUACGCCAACGAGCAGAAAUGGAAACUUCUCGAUUUGUGUAAAACGACAGAGUUUUUACGAGAUGAAAUGUUCGGAGGCAAGCGCGUCGUUCCGGUUGAGUUUGGAUUCCCAGGCAGCAACGAUUCCGGUGCCGGCGUCGUGAGCUUAUCGGAGUUCUCGGAAGCGCUAAACGCGAGUAAUGCCGUAGAUGCAAGUGAAAACAGCAGCUCUCUUCAAUGUAAAGUCGCGUAUGUCUCGCAACAUUGCUUGUUUCAUCAUGCGCCAGAGCUGCAAAAAUACAUCUCGAUACCACAUUUGACGCUCGGGAAAGUCACAAGUGCGGGUGCAUCGAAUCUCUGGAUAGGCACGAGAGAAACCCGAACAUCACUUCAUCGCGACCCUUAUGAUAACGUAUUUGUACAAGUGAGUGGAUUUAAAUACGUUCGCAUAUACCUCGAUGACCAAACCGAGAAGCUUUAUUCCGAAGCAGUCAUGACUACGGGGGCUGCUGGGAAGAAUCAAGUGAACGCGUUCACGCGAAGUUUAGUGAAGGAUGUGGAGAAUCCAGACUUGAAAAAGUUUCCAAAAUUCGCAGAAGCGACGUACUUUGACACAAUAUUAAAACCUGGAGAUGCUAUGUUCAUCCCACGCGGCGCAUGGCAUUACGUUCGGUCUCUCUCAACUUCGAUAAGUGUGAAUUUCUGGUUUUGA